UGAAUAAGCCAGCGUCGACCAUCAAAUUUCUCUACACAACCUCAUCACUUAAUAAAGCCUCAUAUAAAAUGGCUAGUUUCUCAUUAGUUUUAGGUGGCAAUAUGGGCAGCCAACGUGAACAACAGUAUAUCUCCUGAUGACUGGAUUCUUUACCAUAGUUUGGGCCUGAUAAAAGCUCAAGCAACAUAGCUGCCACUUGACGCCUUUUCUGCAGUGGUUUGCCUGAAGACACACCAGAAUAAAGUUGCAUACUUAUGGCCUACACAUGAAGAAUAUACACCUACAGCAGCCAGACAUUACUACAAACAGUUACCAUGCAAACUAAUGACUGAAAUCUUUAAUCAUGGCUACAGCUAUCCUAUAGCAGCGACCCUUUCAAUGCAAAAUGACCAAUUGAUUGAUGCAAAACAUGCUGAAGAACCUGGAAGUCAUAUGCCGAUGGUAUUGAAGUUGAGAUGGCGAACUUAUUCCACAAUGGCCAGCAAUUAUGAAGCCCUCUAGAUGCUAAAUCAACCCUUCCAAGGCUGCUGCCCCUGUUCUGGAAAUGCAGACCAAAAUGUUAUCAAACUCCCUCUUUAAUAUAGCCGCCACAAAUGGUGAUGAAAAGUCUCAAAGAAGCAAGGUGAUUCUGUCUUAAGGAAAUACGUCUUGGCUUAGACAAUACAGCUGGCUGCAAACAGUACGGCCUCUUGAAAAUUGAACCUCUGGAUGAAGUCCACGAUCAAGCAAUGAUUCAGCUGAUAGUUUCACAGCCUUAAGAUUGCUAAACACUGAAGAGGUUACGUUCACCAAUGUUGGAUAUGGCAGAAAACCCUUGUCUUCUUCCACAAUUCAUGAAUGAAGAAUUAACAAAUGCUCAGUCAUAAGGAAUUCGAUCUUCUCUUGGUUGUGGAUUUGAAUUUGACUGCAAAUUAGCUCAUGAGGCUUGGCUGUAGCGGCAUCUUUCCAAAUAUUACUGUGCAUGGCUGUAAAAGCAUAAGAUCUAUAUCAAUUUGGAGUGAGUUAGAUCAGGGCAGGUGUUUUUAUUUAUAGAGCUUCAACUUUAACAUCGAAUAUUCUAUUGCGUAGGGCAUGAAAAAUACUUAAAUGCAUGUAAGAAGUAAUCACCUCUAAUGCAAGUAAAGGUGCACAUGCAAGAAGAGAGUAGAAGAGUGAAAUUGAUAAGAUAAAUGCAUGGGAUAAUGUUACAAGUUGGAUAAUUUCGGAAUGACCUGCACAUUGGGCCGUUGUAUCAGUUGGGCCACAAGGAAACCUAUCAUAGCCAAUAUUGUUGGCAAACAAAAUAUUUGUGUGGAUUGGAUUUCCCUUAGAAGGAAAUUGCCCUCAUCAAACAAUUUAGACAACACUCUAACACUGAAGCAUUAUCACAAUAACCCUAAAUGGAACAGCAAGGGGCUGCCAAGGUUUCAACAGAGAAACACAAGGGAGUGGUUUGUCUCAUGGUUUAAUGCUACUCAAGGCUAUUGUUCCAUUUCUACUUAUUGUUGUUUAGAAACUAGUUACUACCCAAUUGAAGAGGAUACAGAAACUUCUUUUCAAAUCAUGGAUGAAAUAAGUGAUGAAGAUGGUUUUAAGGAUCAAUCUAAUCAGGCUAAAAUGCUAAGAGAGAUAGAGGCAUCACUAGGCCGCCCUCUUGAUUCAGAGCCUCAAGUUCCACCUGCCAAACCGCUUUUUAUUGUCAUCAGUGGACCGAGUGGAGUAGGAAAGGAUGCUGUUAUUACGAGACUGCAACAAGUGCGGACAGGAAUUCACUUUGUAGUAACAGCUACAACUCGUGCAAUGCGGCCAGGCGAAAUCAAUGGGAAGGAUUACUACUUUGUUAGUAAAGAUGAAUUUCAAUCAAUGAUUGACAAGAAUGAACUGCUAGAGUAUGCCCUAGUUUAUGGGGAUUAUAAAGGCAUUCCUAAGCAACAGAUACGAGAUUUCAUGUCCAUGGGAAAUGAUAUUGUUCUAAGAGUGGAUGUACAAGGAGCAGCUACAUUGAGAUCAAUUCUUGGUAAUGGUGCUGUGUACAUAUUUCUUGUUGCAGAAAGUGAGGUAUCUCUUGUCAAGAGACUUAUUGACAGGAAGACAGAAACAAUGGAAAAACUUAUAGUACGCAUUUCUACUUCCAGAGAGGAGGUUAACCGUAUGACAGAAUUUGAUUAUGUAGUAGUGAAUGCAGAAGGGCAGCUUGAAAAAACAGUAAAUCUUAUUCUUUCCAUCAUUGAUGCUGAAAAGGCUAAAGUACACCAGAGAAUGGUUGAGAUAUAGUAUUAAUUUGCCUGUCAUUAUCUGUAUAAAGCAGACAAUUUGCAGUUGACAAGGUACUUUAACCAUCAUUCAAUUAAACCUACAGUUUUGAUUCCAUUUGCAUCUUGAAGAUUGAGAUAAUUUGGAAAUAGCAAAAAAUAGAAAAGCCAAUUUGUUAGCAUAAUAGCAUUUACCUUUGGAGUAAAGCGGCAUAUUUUCUAUAAAUCGCUUUCUAUCCGCAUUUUGAAAUAUGUGUGUAAAUUACCUUUUGUUAGAGAGUAAUAUAUUCAAUCAACAUUGCCCAC